GCUGCAGCGGCGGCGGCGGCGGCUGAAGGGGUUGCCCGCUGCAAGAGCGAGCGCAGGGCUGCGGCGGCGGCGAAGCAGCAGGAGGACGAGGAGGAGGAGGAGGAAGAAGAAGGCGCCUGGCUGGCUCGCCUCUCCGGGGCCGGUCGGUCCCAGCUCUGCAGAGCGCAGCGCGAGUGGGAGACCCCCGCCCUGCCCUCGCCCCCGGCUUAGUUGGCCCUUUCUCCCCUUCCGAUCGCUCCGGACCCUUCGUCCCCCCGCGGCACCAUGAGUUGCUCGGGUGAUGCCGCGAAGGAAAAAUUGCUUUGGAAUGUGAAAAAGGAGGUCAAGCAAAUAAUGGAAGAAGCUGUCACCAGGAAGUUUGUGCAUGAAGACAGCAGUCAUAUCAUUGCCCUGUGUGGGAUGGUAGAAAUUUGCCUUCUCCACAUGCUGAAGCGUCGGGCAUCUGGCUUCUUACGGACGGACAAGAUCGCUGCACUUUUCACCAAGGUUGGCAAGACCUAUGACGUGGCCAGUGAGAUAUGCAGGAAAGUGCAGGAGUUGCUGCAACAGGUUGAAGGCAGAAAAUACCAGCCAGCUGGCCAAGAAUCCCUGAAGAGGCAAGCUUCAACCACAAACAAACCCUCUUCGUUGUCCCCACAAGCCAUCAAGCACAUCUGGGUGCGCACUGCCCUGAUCGAGAGGGUGCUUGAUAAAAUUGUGCAAUACCUUGUGGAUAACAAUAGCAAAUAUUAUGAAAGAGAGGCAUUAUUGGCAGAUCCAGUAUUUGGACCCAUCUUGGCCUGUCUUCUAGUUGGGCCUUGCGCCCUGGAUUACACCAAGCUCAAAACGGCUGACCACUUCUGGACAGACCCUUCGGCAGAUGAGUUGGUCCAGAGGCAUCGGAUUCAUGGAACCCAUAGUCGCCAAGACUCUCCUUCUAAACGGCCAGCCCUAGGAAUCAGGAAGCGCCACUCAAGUGGAAGCACGUCAGAAGACCGCUUUGCCGCUUCGGCCAGAGAUUAUGUGGAAUCGUUGCACCAGAACUCACGGACACAUUUAUUGUAUGGAAAGAACAAUGUGCUGGUUCAGCCAAAAGACGACAUGGAGGCCAUUCCAGGAUAUCUGUCACUUCAUCAGUCUUCUGAUUCUUUAACUCUGAAAUGGACACCAAAUCAGCUCAUGAAUGGGAACCUGGGGGAUUCGGAACUGGAGAAAAGCAUCUACUGGGACUACGCCUUGAUUGUACCGUUCAGCCAAAUUGUCUGCAUCCACUGCCAUCAACAACCUGACCAAGGUGGGACUUUGGUGCUGGUGAGCCAGGAUGGUAUCCAGAGGCCCCCACUCCAUUUUCCACCUGGUGGACAUCUCCUGGCCUUCCUUUCUUGCCUUGAGAAUGGCCUCCUGCCCCGUGGACAGCUGGAGCCUCCAUUGUGGUCCCAACAGGGAAAGGGCAAAGUUUUUCCAAAGCUCCGGAAACGAAACAGCUACAACCGGUCGAUGGACAUGGAAGAAAUGCCAUCGGUCAUGGAGACGGCUACUGAUUACGUCUUCCGGAUUAUUUACCCAGGUCACAGGCACGAGAACAUAACUAUUAACUACCACCACUUAGCUGCCAGCCGCUCUGCCUCCGUCGACGAUGACGAGGAGGAGGAAGACAAACUGCACGCAAUGCUAUCCAUGAUCUGCAAUCGGAACCUCACAGAUUCUAAAAGGAUGAAAGAUAUUAAUGACAUCACUGAGAUGCAAGGAUAUGGUGCUGGCUUCUUUUCAUGGCAGCUGGACCACUACAGUCAAGGUUCCUUAUGUCUCUCAUGCUCCACAGCUGGCUCUCCACACCUCCCCAGCUGCUGCACUUGUAUCCAUGACAGGACCCCUCUAAAACUGUUGUGUGAAAGUAUGAAGAGACAGAUUGUUUCCAGAGCCUUCUAUGGAUGGCUUGCUCACUGCCGUCACUUGUCCACUGUCCGAACUCACUUGUCUGCGUUGGUGAACCAUUCCAUCAUCCCACCGGAUAAACCCACGAGUGCUGCUGAGGGAUUGACCAAAGAGGUCUGGAGCAAGUACCAGAAGGAUAAGAAGAAUUACAAGGAAUUGGAGCUGCUGCGACUAGUCUACUACGGUGGGGUGCAACAUGACAUUCGGAAGGAGGUGUGGCCAUUCUUGCUGGGACACUACAAGUUUGGCAUGAACAAGAAGGAAAUGGAGCUGGUGGACGGGGACAUUGUACGCCGAUACCAGAAGGUGAUGAGUGAGUGGAAAGCCUGCGAGGUGGUGGUGAAGCUUCGGGAGAAAGAGUCUCAGACGACCACCAAGUUUUCCUCCGGGAGCAGCAUAGAUAGUCACGUGCAGCGGCUGAUCCACAGGGACUCCACCAUCAGCAAUGAUGUGUUUAUUUCUGUGGACGAAAUGGACUCUGUAGACCGAGACCUGAAGGCCCACGAAGAACCAUCUUUGACCAAGGUUUGCCUAGAUGCACCCACGGUUGUGGUGGCAGUUGACCAACAACAAUCAGUAGAGUUUGAUUCUCCUGACUCCGGGCUCCCUUCUUCUCGGAAUUACUCCGUCACAUCAGGCAUCCUCUCCAGCAUCGAUGAUGGGCAGAGCAUCUGCUUUGAGGAUGCGACCGAAGAGGAAACCGGCCCAGAACUGCAGAGACCGGAUCUAGAUCACGUUUCACCAAUCAAGGGCUUGGCUUGUUCGAGCUGUGCAACGGAGGAACGGACAUGUUCCCAAACGGACUCUAAAACAGCUGCAGAAGAGAGCAUCUCUGUGUGCUCUGCUUCCUAUACGGUAGUUCUUUUAAAUGCACAGAAAAUAAGGAGCAGCCAUAUUUUAAUGAGCCACAAUGUGCUGAAGAUACAUUUGUUCUCUUUUUGCUGUUGCAGCUAUGUUUGGGAACAUUUGGAAGUAGGAUACGUCCAAGGAAUGUGUGACCUUCUGGCUCCUCUCCUGGUUAUACUUGACAAAGAUGAGCUGGCUUACAGCUGCUUUACUCAUCUCAUGAAGCGAAUGAGCCAAAAUUUCCCCAACGGAGGUGCCAUGGACACACAUUUUGCAAACAUGAGGUCUCUUAUCCAGAUUUUAGAUUCUGAGCUCUUUGAAUUGAUGCACCAGAAUGGAGAUUAUACGCACUUCUACUUCUGCUACCGGUGGUUCCUGCUAGAUUUUAAAAGAGAAUUGUUGUACGAGGAUGUAUUUACAGUGUGGGAAGUUAUCUGGGCAGCGAAGCACAUCUCUUCCGAACAUUUUGUCCUUUUCAUUGCCUUAGCACUAGUGGAGUCUUAUCGAGAGAUUAUCCGCGAUAACAACAUGGACUUCACUGACAUCAUCAAGUUUUUUAACGAGAUGGCCGAACAUCACAAUGCCCAAGAGAUUCUGAAGAUAGCAAGAGAUUUAGUCUGCAAGGUCCAGACGCUGAUUGAGAAUAAAUGAAAGUCGGAGCUGCUGGGAGAACGUGAAGUUUUAGCAUCACUGCAAAAAGCUUUUGAAAAGGGGGAGGGAGGGGAGUGGGGAUUUUCCUGCACUUGUCACUUCAAACAAUGUUUUAACAGCAUCUUCCAUGUAAUGAAGUAAACAUUCAAGAUAUUUCUAAGCCUUUAACAAGCAAGGAAAAAAAAUAUAUAAAGCUGAGUUUUGAGUGUGCACAAACAAGUCCUCAUUCUUGGACUCAUUUCAGGGCCAAAAAAUCAUUCUUGUGUAUGUUUUAAUUCUCCCAUUUGUUCCAGUUUUGUCGUGUUCGAAAUUGCCUCUUGCCCUGGGGUUGGUAAGCAAGUGUGUAGAGCAAAGAGUUCUUCCAAAUUUUACCAUUGCUAUAAUUUUGCAAAAUGUUUGUCUAGGUUUCCAAAGGAAGCUCUUCAGUUGACUAUAGGAAGGAUAUCCUGUAGAUUUGCCCAAAAUUGUACCAGAUUUAGGAGUAAGGAACCCCCUACUCUUAUCAAGCUAGUAGCUCACAGCUUACACAGUCAUGAAAAAAAACUUGUUAGAUUGAGAUUGCUCUGUUUGUAUAUUUGAUCAGUCAUUCCAAAGCUGAGUUCCAGCAGUGACUGAUCAAAAAGUGGGGAACAGGGGAAAACCCUUGUAUGUUUCUGCACAAUCUUGAGGGCUAGAGUCUUGAUUUUUUGCUAGGAAUCCAAAAGAAGGUUGAAUUAGCUGGAUUUGAGAGACCGGUCGCUCUAUAGUGCCCAUUGGAGGAUGCCCCUGUCUGUUUUUCAUUUUGUUUUGUGAAUCUGUCCCCAUGUAAAAUUUUUAUGCAUCCAGCAUGUCUUUAUUUAUCCACUUGCCUUUAACCAAGUCUGUAUUUGUGGCUACACUCCCAACAGCUUCCAAGCUGAAGCGACAGCCACGGAAAGGGGAGUUUGACAUAGCUCUAAAGUGCCAACAACUUCUGUCCAAUGUAAUAACUCUUUUGUUGUUUCUUUCCUUGGAAUGCAAAAAAACAAGUAUUUUUUUGGUGGUGGUAGUGGCAUGCACGCACGCACGCAGUCCCUUGGCCCUGCUCGUUUUAUUUUUGUGUGUGUGUGUGCAAAGUGUUUGACCCAUGCAUGGUUCUGCUGGACAGUUUCAUGGCAGAGGAAAAUGCUUUCUCCUUUGUGCAUAUUUUCUUUGGAUCAGGGGUCUCCAACCUUGGCAACUUUAAGACGUGUGGACUUCAACUCCCAGAAUUCCUCAGCCAGCUGCCAAAGUUGGAGACCCUUGCUCUGGAUAGCAAAGUGAAAUCUUAACCCUCUCCCAGCCACCCUUAUUAUUGAGGGAUCAAUGUUUUAAACAAGGAAAACUCUGCACUACUUUUUUGGAGAAUGUAUCAUAUGGUACACUUUACUAUAUAAAGACAAAAACAAAACAAAAAAAAGAACACCUCACAACCAAACAAAAAAUAAUUUAACUGUGCAAACUUUGUUGUACUGUUUAUUAUAAUGUUCCGCAUAAUGGUAUUUUAUGAAUAUUGUGUAUUUGCCUUAUUUAUUUUUGUCCAGAGCAAAAAUAUUUUCUUUAUUGCUCAAGAAUUUAUCUCAAGUGCAAACAUAUGUAUAAAGAAGAAGAAAAAAUACAUAUUGU